GUGUGUGUCCCUUUUUCGGCGGAUUUUUCCGCUACUGCAGAUUAUUUUGUCAACUUGUAAUGUAUAUUAAUUGUGUGAGUAUAUUAAAAUGUGCUUUCUCAACUUCCAAAAUUUCGAUUUGAGGGGGCAAGACAUUUAUUUAAGGGGGCUCUGCCCCCUCUUGCCCCUGCGUAGAGCCGGCCUCGUCUCUGUGUCUGUUGUGUGUUGACGCAUGCGCAGACAGAGCAUCAGCAGCAGCACCAGCAGCAGCAGCAGAGCCGUCACUGAACAAAGAACCAGAACAAACAGGUCAGAAGAUGAUGGAAAAGUCAAACAGCCAAUACGAAUCCUUCCUGUUCUGGAGGCAGCCAAUCCCGGCCCUCGACCUGUCCGAGCUGGAGGAGCUGGAUGUGGCCAUCCGUCAGUCGACCAAUGGCAGCGCAGGAAAAGGCAAAGCAUCCAAACUGAGGAGUCGUGAUGACGAGACUGCGCUGCUGCAGUUUUCCUCCUUCAACUACUGGAGAGCUCCCAUCGCGGAUGUAGACACUCUGCUGGCCGACCUCAACCUGCUGCUCUGAGACCUGACCCCUGAUCCCGGAGCAGGCUCUGCUGCUUUUCUCUGGAGACAUUUUACCAAACAUCAUAAAAUUAAAAUAAAAGCCCUCCACAGGUA